GCGAAGAUCUGAGGAGGACAGCCAUGAAGCUGCUAUGGAUGUCCCUGCUGCUAGCGGCCUCUUGCGUCUCCACUGUCCAGGGCUUGCCAGAGGACGUCAAAGAAGACAGCAUCAACAUAUCCCAGCCCUUGCAUAUCGUGGAGGAAGGCAACCUGCUAGUGCUAACACCUGCUGGCCUGACCCAGAUGCUGAACCAGACCCGCUUCCUCAUGGUGCUUUUUCACAACCCAUCCUCCAAGCAAUCCAGGAACCUGGCUGAGGAACUGGGCAAAGCUGUGGAAGUCGUGGGCAAAGGCAAGAACGGGCUCGGCUUUGGCAAAGUGGACAUCACGGUGGAGAAGGAACUUCAGAAGGAGUUUGACGUUAAGAAGGCCCCAGAGUUGAAGCUGUUUUUUGAGGGCAACAGGUCGGAACCCAUCAGUUGCAAAGGUAACAGCCCCUGUGUGUCAAGGCAGUGCUAGCUCUGGAAACACAAA